ACUUCUGAAGCAGUUUGCUUUUGUAGUAAAGGUUUAAUUAAAUUAAAUUUACUUCGAUAGCCUUCGUUUCCGAAUUAAUAUUUUGGCAAACCAUACUUCGUUGCAAUUGUUUUAUAGCGGAAUAAUUUAAUAAGCAAGUAUUGUUAAGAAAAAGGGGAUGUCGGUGGCGGUUGUAAAACUACAUUAUGUUGAUACAUAUAGCAUUAUGUUCUUGAACCGAAAUCUAUAAUUUCGAAACCGGCUGCAUAUGCUCGUCUAAAUACCUAGGAAACCGAUAGAGUGCAUAAAGCUGCCGUGCUGGCCUAACGGUACUACACAAGAAUACAUUGUUUUGACAAAAGCAUGGAAUUAGACAAAGUAAAGAUACACAGCCUCCAUUGCAAUGCUGCUGUGCUCUCUUCACUUCAAGCAUCUACUACUGCGACAUCUCCUCAAAGCUUCACUUCAAAGGCGAAUGCCGUGGCCGAGGCUACUAUUAUCGAAAAUCCAAAUCAACAGCAAAAUGUUCAGAAAGACUUUGAUAGCCACAAUAGAGAUUGCGACAGCCCCGUAAGUUCUACCUCGGAACUGGAGAAGGAGUUUGAUGAUCUGCGGAAGUUGCAAACCUCCUCUUUAACAAACAGCGUAGUGGUGGGAAAAUCGACUGGCUCGCUAAACGGCGAUUACUCAAUCACAUCAGCCACUUCCAAAACUAAAAUGCUUGAAAGUGGUGUCACGAUCAACUCAGCUACUGGGUCGGCAUGCUUAACCAUUGCAUCAACCGCCGAUCACAUCAAGAAACGUAUUCCAAACAGUCGAACGCCGACACGAAAGGCGCUAAGAAUCAAAUUCUACCGCAACGGGGAUCGUUUCUAUCCUGGUGUAACAAUUCCUGUCUCUAACGAACGGUACAGAUCCUUUGAAAGACUCUUUGAAGACCUAACCCGUCUGUUGGAAGAGUAUGUAAAGAUACCAGGGGCUGUUCGCACCAUCUACAACAUGUGCGGGAAGAAGAUAACCUCUCUCGAUGAGUUGGAAGAUGGCCAGAGCUACGUUUGUUCCUGCAAUAACGAGAAUUUUAAGAAGGUUGAGUACAACACUGGUUCCCAGCCUGUGUCUAAUCUGACGCUGACCAACAAUAGUCGAACCAACAAUCAACGAUUGGCUAAGUAUCGACCCGCGUCUCCCCUGAAAAAUGGCUUACUUGCAGGUAGCAGUCCUUUGGCAGCGUGUGGCGGAGGAACCGGCAACGGGAGUCCACUUAUCGCUUCCAAAUUAAGCGAUCGAGUUACUGUGGUUCAUCCUCGUAUUGUGACGCUAAUACGUAGUGGAACGAAGCCGCGGCGUAUUAUGCGAUUGUUGCUAAACAAGCGUAACAGCCCGAGCUUCGAUCACGUGCUGACCGCCAUUACGCAAGUGGUGCGCUUGGAUACGGGCUAUGUGAGAAAGGUAUUCACCCUUUCAGGCAUAUCAGUGGUCCAACUAUCUGAUUUUUUUGAGUCGGAUGAUGUUUUUUUUGCUUAUGGGACAGAGCGCAUUAACACUGCGGAAGAUUUUAAGUUAGAGGCGGAGGAGCUUAAAGCUAUUAAUGUCAUACGUAAGACCAUGCGCACGGCGGGAACCACCUGCAAGGGACCUAAGCCUAAAAUGCCCAUAAAAAGCAAAAAAGUUUAUCCUCCAUCGGUUGAUUCGGAGGCAUUCAAAGCAGCAACCGCACCAGAAGACGAUAGGCAUGCCACUUUACUAACGAGCACUGGUAUAGAGAUCAAUGAAUUGCCAUCAAAUAUUCGCAGCACAUACACUCUGGGAAAGAUUAUUGGCGACGGCAACUUUGCCAUUGUGUUUAAGAUAAAGCACCGCCAAACUGGUGAUUCCUACGCUCUGAAAAUAAUAGACAAAAACAAAUGCAAGGGCAAGGAACACUACAUAGAUGCGGAAGUUCGCGUCAUGAAACAGUUAAAUCAUCCGCAUAUAAUUUCGCUCAUUUUGAGUGUAGACCAAAAUACAAAUAUGUAUCUUGUACUGGAAUAUGUAAGUGGUGGCGAUUUAUUCGACGCUAUAACUCAGGUAACGCGGUUCGCAGAAAGUCAGUCGCGCAUUAUGAUUAGACAUUUGGGAGCAGCCAUGACUUACCUACAUUCAAUGGGCAUUGUGCAUCGAGAUAUAAAGCCGGAAAAUCUUCUAGUGAAAUUGGAUGAGCAUGGAAACGUUCUUGAACUAAAGCUUGCUGACUUUGGAUUAGCAUGUGAGGUAAAUGAUCUUCUCUAUGCCGUCUGUGGAACUCCCACUUAUGUAGCACCAGAGAUAUUGUUAGAAGUCGGAUAUGGUCUAAAGAUUGACGUUUGGGCCGCUGGAAUUAUUUUGUAUAUACUUCUUUGCGGGUUUCCGCCAUUUGUAGCGCCUGACAACCAACAGGAACCGCUUUUUGACGCUAUUAUUUCUGGCAUUUACGAGUUUCCAGAUCCUUACUGGUCUGAUAUAGGGGACGGAGUGCGCGAUCUUAUUGCCAAUAUGCUUCAGUCGGAUCCAGACGUUCGUUUUACAAGCGAAGACAUCCUUGAUCACUAUUGGACGAUUGGAAAUGAGGGGAACGAGUGCACCACUUAUAAAAGAUGAAUCGUGGCUGUAGAAGUUUCUAAAAAAAUAGACUUCCACUCUUUAAACGUCUAACUUUUGUAUUCCGGCUUCUGUAUUAGUCCUAAUUUAUUUUUACAUAUAAAAUAUAUGUGAAUUCUUACGUAUUGCAAUAACAACAAA